GCUCCAACCAAAUACAUCCCAGCUCACAAGCAGACGUAGACACGGAGACCAGCAAUGAAGACCUUCUUGCUGAUGCUGUGUUGCCUGGCAGCCAGUCAUGGCUGGACAUGCACUGAGGGUCCUCGCCUCUACAGCAAUGUAGCACAGAUUGAUGCUGGACAGGGCAUGGUGGUGGUUCGAGACAGAUACUACUAUGCUUACUUUCUCAGUGGAAGCUACUGGUCCAGACUCGGCACUGUUAGACUGAACCAUGUCACAGUAGGACCUGCUGGGAUCUGGGGCACUGACACCUCAAACAAGGUAAAAUUCAUUGCCAACAACUUCACAGCAGUUUCAGGAUCUUUGCGGCAGGUGGAUGCAGGUGGCGAUGGCCAGGUUGUUGGAAUAACACCCAGUAAUGUUACUUACUGUCUGCGCAGUAGCUACGCCUCAGCCUACAAAGGUACGGGAUCUGUGAGCUGGUCAUCCCUGUCAAGGAAGAUGAAGUACAUAAGCUGCAGCCCUAGCAACGUUUGCUGGGGUGUUGACACAAGCUCGCAAGUCUACGUCACACAGAGAGUAAUACCAACCACCUGUGGCACCUCUUCCUGGAUCAGAGUGUCAGGGAUAAGCAUGAAAAUGGUGGAGAUUUCGACUGAUGGAACUGUGUUUGGAUUGGCCACAAAUGGUCGGGUCUACCAAAGACGUGGCAUUUACAGCUCUCGCCCACAAGGUACAUCUUGGUUGUCCGUCCCCAUGUGCAUGCCAAUAAACCACCUGAGCUACGACCUGGGUCGUCUUUGGGUUGCCACCACCUCUGGCUUGCUCAUGGUAUGCACCCACUAGUGACACCUCGAUGGAUCAUCCUCAGUGUGCAGUAUACUCAGUGUGUUGUGGAAAACUUCAUUUUUUUUCUUUGUGAAAGGGAAAUUCUUUUAGUGGUGUCUUGGCUGUCAUCUCUAUGUAUUUCUAUCCAUUCUUUUGAUUAUUCCAUAC